GCAGUCCCAUCUGCCCGGUUUCAGAUCAAGAUGUGCUUUUCCACAGCAGCCUGCAGUCCAGAGGGCUGAUAGCACAAGAGCUGGGUGACAGUGUGUCUAGACCCUCGAGGCACUUUGUCCCCGUUGACAAGGGGAGAAAAUCAGACGGAUCCAGAGUGGGAAAAGUCUCAUGCGGGCAGUUCCACACGGAGCAGCUGAAAUCCAGGAUUGUUAAACCACAGUGGUAGCUUUGGAGACUUGCGAAUUCUAACUUGCCUCUGCUGUAAAGGAGGCUCUGCUGGAUGCUGAGCAUGAUGUCUGGAAGAUUUGUUGAGAGAAUUAUAGCUUUGAAAUGGGAGCUUUCACCAAUGGCAUAAAUCUUUCCGAAGACAGCUUGGCCGAGUGUGCUUGAACUGAAAUUGAUUGCUGCGUUCUGGCUAUACAGUGUUACUCUGACAUUCCUGUGUGAUAUUCCACAGGCAGGAGCAAUGCCAGCGCUAUCGACGGGACCUGGAAAUGACACAGGUCUGUACGAGCUGCUGGCUGCCUUACCGUCUCAGCUCCAGCCUCAUGUGGACAGCCAGGAAGACCAGACUUUUCUCCGGGAUAUGUUUGGUGAAAAAAGCCUGCAUUCACUGGUGAAGAUUCACGAGAAGCUACAGCGCUAUGAGAAACAGUGCCCGCCGCCAGUGCUGCACAGCGCAGAAGCCCUGGCGGAUACCCUGGCUGAGGAGCUGCAGAACAAGUCCAUGAACAGCGAGAUCCGAGAGCUGCUGAAGCUGCUGUCUAAACCUCAUGUCAAGAGUUUGCUCUCCGUUCAUGAUACAGUGGCCCAGAAAAGUUAUGACCCCGAGCUGCCGCCUUUGCCAGACGAUAUUGAUGAUGAUGAAGAUUCAGUGAAGAUUAUCCGACUGGUCAAGAACAAAGAGCCUCUGGGGGCAACGAUCAAAAGGGAUGAGCACACCGGAGCCAUUGUUGUUGCUAGGAUAAUGAGAGGAGGUGCCGCGGACAGAAGUGGUCUGAUCCAUGUGGGGGAUGAGCUAAGGGAAGUGAAUGGAAUUCCUGUGGAGGACAAAAAGCCUGAGGAAAUCAUUCACAUUUUGGCCCAGUCCCAAGGGGCAAUAACUUUUAAAAUAAUACCAGGCAUCAAAGAGGAAACGCCAAGCAAGGAGCCUAAGAUGUUUGUCAAAUCCCUUUUUGACUAUGAUCCUAAUGAGGACAAAGCGAUCCCAUGUAAAGAAGCUGGGCUGGCUUUCAAGAGGGGAGAUAUCCUUCAGAUCAUGAGCCAAGAUGAUGCAACUUGGUGGCAAGCCAAACAUGAAGGCAAUGCCAAUCCCCGAGCAGGCUUGAUCCCGUCGAAACAGUUCCAGGAGAGGAGAUUUGCACUCAGAAGGCCUGUUGUCCCUGUUCAGCCACAGAGAAAUUCAAACAGAAGAUCAUAUGAGGGGACUGUUGAAAGGGAAGAAAUUGAAGAGGAUGCUGAAUAUGGUGCCUAUAUAAGUGGAUUCUACAUAGCUGGCCUGCGGAGAAGCUUCCGUCUCAGUAGAAGGGACCGGAAGACGAACAAGUCCAUGUACGAGUGCAAGAAGAGUGAGCUAUACGACACGGCGGAUGUCCCCACGUACGAAGAGGUGACCACCUACCGCAGACAGGCGGGAGAAAAGUACAGGCUGGCGGUUCUGGUCGGUCCCACCGGAGUUGGCUUGAAUGAACUGAAGAGGAAGCUGCUCAUUUCCGACCCCCAACAUUUUGGUGUAACAGUGCCACACACCACCAGGGCCAAGAGGAGCCAGGAGAGUGACGGAGUAGAGUACCACUUCAUCUCGAAGCACCUGUUUGAGACCGACAUACAAAACAACAGGUUUAUUGAACACGGAGAGUAUAAGGGGAAUUAUUACGGAACAAGCCUGGAUGCUAUUCGAUCAGUCUUGUCGAAAAACAAGGUCUGCCUGUUGGACGUCCAGCCUCACACAAUCAAACAUCUACGGACGUCGGAAUUUAAACCUUAUGUGAUUUUCAUCAAGCCUCCACCCAUCGAGCGUUUACGGGAGACCCGACAAAAUGCAAAGGUCAUCUCCAGCAAAGACGAAAAGGCUUCAGCCAAAUCGUUCACGGAGGAAGACUUUCAGGAAAUGGUCAGCUCGGCCCAGGCAAUGGAGAGCCAGUACAGCCAUCUUUUUGAGAAGGUUAUUGUGAACGAUAAUCUCGCAACCGCUUUCACUGAAUUGAAGACCACACUGAAAAAGCUGGAGACGGACACUCAUUGGGUUCCUGUGAGCUGGACACACUCCUGAAAACAAGGGGGCAGAACUUUGAAAAGCAGGUCCUGAAAAAACAGGCACCACUUCUCUUUCUGUAACAUUUUUAUACCGCUCACCAACAUCCAAGUAAACGCUUUUCAAGCUUCCUUUUUACUAAGAAGGGUAUGUCCGCCUCUUUACCCCAAAUUCAGUUCAUGACUCUUUUUAGAGACGUGCGUAACGUAUCAAUGUAUUGUCGAUUUAGCAUUACUCACCAGUUUGACUGCCAGCCAGCAGUCUGCCAGUCUGGACUUGUCUUAGCAUAUUUGUAACCUUAGUUUCUAGUAACCAAAGGGAUUUUUUGAUUGUUUUUGGACGGACGGUUCGGGGUACAGUACAUUAUGCGUUUACCUCUCUCAAAUUUUAAUUGAUAACGUCAGAAUGUUGGCGCGUUUGUACAGCUGCGUACAAGAGAGCAGAAAUUUAAGUUUAUUUAAGACAAAAAAAUUAAUAUAUGCAAUUUUCACCAGGUUUUCAUAUGCAUCUCACCCCAUCAAUGUUCUAAAUAAUGCAUAUCUGUAGCUAUUAAAUCUAGAAAUGAGAAAAUCUUUUACUCCAGCUGACCAUGGUCAUCACUUUCUUGUUACCAAGUGCAGUACAGUACAUGACCCCCAUACUCAUCUCUUACAACGCCAUUUUGUUUCAUGCUUUCCAAGUUGUAGUUCAUUCAGAAGCUAUGUUAAAACCUCCACCCUUCAUAUGAAGGUGCCCGAUAUAACAGCUUGCCUCUAAAAGCUGCCAGACUUUGGCUCUGUAAUACAAGAAAUGUUCUCAAUCUUGUAUAAUUAGGGUGGAGUUUACUUGCUUUUAUUCCCAUAAAAUGGGUCUAAAACAAGGAACUUAACAGAAGGUUCUAAACAUUUCCAGAUUUACUACUGAAGCAAAUGUUAAAUUGCUACUUCUGAGUUUACAGGGUUUGUGUAAAAAAAAAUGUACGUGUUGUUCUUUACACAGGGGCUGUUCUUGAAUUUGCUUUGCACUUGGGCUUGUGUCUUAAUGUUUCUGUGGCACCUAGAUGUGAAGAAUUUUAGUGAGACAUAUUUAUGAAAGGAUACGGCAGGGAAAGUGUAAACUCUCAGCUGUGUGUUUUUUAGGGGUGUCUGUUUAUCUAGAUUUAAACUUUGGCUUUGUACAAUCAUGCUUAACAUUCCAUGUAAAUAUUGAUCUUGCGUUGUGCAGGUAAUGUCACCAGCAGUGCACUGUAACUGUAUUUUAAUAGUCCGUGUUAUAUAAUGUUUUUAAGUGAGUGUUGUAUAUUAGGUAAAUAUUUAGCGCAAGCAUUAUAACUUUUUCAGUGCAUUUAAUUUGAAACACCAAUUUACCAAAAUCAAAACAGAACUCAAUUUUGUGUCUUAAUUAAAUACUAAAAGGGAUUGUCUGGUAUCGCCAUAUUUUUAAGGUUCCUGUGUAAGCCAUUGAAACAUCUGUCUACUUUUUAAAUGUUUUUUUUUUUUCAAAAAACACUUGUAAUAAUUUAACCUUUGUACUAAUAUGCUUUUUCUUAAGUGUGCAUAACACAAAUGUUAUUCUCUUAAUGUCCAUCUUCUGUAUGGAAGACAAUUCUACAGUCUGUGAAAAUGCGGAACCUCUUUUCAUACUGUAGAGUAAAUAUUUCCCCGUA